GCUGUUGUUGCGAAUGACUAGGGCAGUUAAACACUCGGCACAUGCCAUCUACAUGGUUAAGUGUUGUUGGGAAUCUUAGGCUGAAGGGUAUGGAUCUCUUCUCCCGUCUCUUGCACUUGCCACAUCUGCCAUGUCAAUAAACUUAGUCUGCUCUCCUGGUGGGGUGUGGCUGCAGUCCAUGCCAAACGGGAAGAAGAGUGGGCCUUUGAUCUGGCAUUUAGACCUUAGUAACCUCUACAUUAUAUCUGACCGUCAUGAGUGCAUUCUAUAUGCUGUUGAACAAGUGUUCACCUCCGUUUCUCACGGGUAUUGUUCUGGGCACAUACUUCGCAAUCUCAAAUCCAAAUUUAGAGGGAAAUCAGAGGUGAUUCGGUGGAAAUUUAAAGGUGCUGCUCGCGCAGCUACCGUCAAGGAAUUCGAAGAGUAUCUUCAACUGCAGGAUGAUGAAGAUCCUCGAAUAAGGGAAUACCUCAACAAAAUUGGGAAUUCAAAGUGGUCUAGAUGCCAUAGCGACAAAUCUCAUUAUUCUAGUAUGACAUCAAAUCUCGCUGAGUCAUUGAAUAAUGUGAAUAAUAGUGCUAAGGAGUUUCCUGUUGCAAAGCUUGUUGAAUUCAUUCGUGAUAAGAUGCAACUGUGGUUUCAUGAAGGUCAGAAAUUGCUAGUUCCACUCGCACCCCUCUUCCUAAAAAACAUGAGGCUGUCCUAAUUCAAAUGCAACGUGAAGCAUUUCGUAUGAAGGUAAAGCCAUCAUGUCCAUAUGAGUUUAAAGUUAUUGAUUUUCAUUCGUGCUCUUACGUGGUCAAUUUAAAGGACAAAACAUGCACAUGUUAUGAAUUCCAACUUGAUCAAUUUGUUUGCGUUCAUGUUGUGGCCGCUAUUGGGAGACGUUU